AUGAAUUCAUUAUCAAAGGAAUUAAUCUCGAUGAACAAAGAAUUGACCAUGGAAUCUUUUAGGCUGAUAGGAAUUAUUAAGAACUCACAUAUCAAAAUCAGUAAUAAGUUUAUGUUGUACUUGACUUCAUUCAAAAGAAAGAUAAAAUCAUCUUAUUCGCAGCGUGGCUCGGUCCUCAAUGAAACAGAUGAUCGUUCCAACCUUCACGAAGAGAUGUUUCAAGAAUACGAUAAUAAAGUUCAAAAAGUUUUGCCAAUUUUUGGAGAAAUGGAUGCUAUUUUCAAUCACGCAAGGGUUCUAUCGCCACAUGUACAGUCAAGACCUAAUGGAAGUCCAUCAAAAAUAAUUAUUAAUACAAAAUCAGUUGAAAACCAAUCAAAUACGAACAAAGAGACAGACCAAAUGAAUGAUCUUGUAUUUGCCAAGUAUCCAGCCUUCCAAAACUCAAGAAUUAAUUCUGGAUAUAAUAAUUUGUUCAAAACAGAAGAAAAUACAAAGAAAGAAGAAGAAAAAGCCAUAGAAGAUAAGAACAAUGAAGAUGAAAUACCAAAACCAACAGGAUUCUCAAAUCUUGUCAAAUUCCGAAAUGAAUACAUUGAACAAACGAACAAAAACAAGUCAGUCAGCUUUGCACCAAUGCCUCCAUCUCAUUAUGGCAACAGAACUUCAAUUCACUCUCCAAGAUUGAAGAAAUUACCAGAUCUCAAGCCAGUUCCAGAAGAUCCAAACGGGGCAGUCACUAAACCACCUACAAUCAAAAGAAGUCCUCGUAGGUAUUACGCGAAGAAGAAAUUUUCUGAUAAUAUUGAAGACGAAUUUAAUUCGAUCCAAAAAGACAUGCAAGACAACGAACUUGAUGAAACACCUUUGGAUUUGGCCGAAUUCGUUGUUUAUAAUCCAAAAAGUGAACAAUUUGAAAAUACAAUUCCAAAUCAAGAAGAAAAUGAAAAAAUUGAUACACAAAGCUUCUUCGUUAAACAGAAUAGAGAUAUAGAACACAAGAACCAGAGAUACUCCAAUCCAUUUGAAGACUAUAUCAAUCAAACAAAUAAAAUUGUCUAUAGAAAUCAGAAGAAACAAGAAAACAACAAAUCAUCAGAAAAAAUCAACUUAGAUCAAGUGGAUGAUGAAGAUACACCGAAUUUAAGUUCCAAAUUCACAAGUAGUGGAAAACUUAAAUCAAAAGCAGCUCUUGCAAUUGAGAAACAACUUGAAUCUCUUGAGAAAACAAAUAACAACGAAAGAGACACAGUUAAAUCAUUUGUUGUUACAGAAAAUGGAGUGAUUAUCACUGUUAUUCAUGAUAAAAAUGAUGAAAAAACACAGAGAAUUCUCAAGGAACAUUCUACUGAUUCAACAAUUAUUUCUCCAAGAAGAAAUAACAAAGAAUUAUAUAGAAACAACUCAAUACAAACUUCUGAAUCUAUUUUAUCUGGAAAUUUCGUUUAUUUCGAUAACAAAUCAUCAGUUUCUGGUGAAAAAUCUGUUGAUAACUCAUUAAUUACAAAGAAUACAACAGAUUUAAAUAAUAAUGAAUCAAUUAAUGAUAAACAAAUUGAAGAAAAUCAGAAGUUAUCAGAAGAAAUUCAAAAUUAUCUUGAAAAUAACAAAGAAAUGAUUGAAAAUGAACAAAUUUCAUCUAAAUCAAAUCAAAAGAAAUAUUCAACCAUUUCUACAGAUAGUACUGAUUUAGCUCGUGGUGAUUAUGAUGCUAUUUUAUUAGUUGCAAAUCAUCAAACAAGAAAAGAUUCCAACAAAUUAAUAAAUGAUGAAAGAAUUUCUAACAAACAAAAUGAUUUAUUGGUUAACAACAAAGAAGAAAAUGAAACAUAUAAAUCAAUUAACAGAACACAAGAAUUAGUCUCUUCUAACAAAGAUAAUUCAAACAUCAUUGAUAAUAGAGAAGAAAAUGAAUCAAUGAAAUCAAAUGAGAAAGAAAUUUCUUCUUUAUCAAACAAAGAAAAGAGUUCUAUUUCAAACAAAUUAACAGAGAAUAUUGAGUCAAAAUCACAUGAUAAAGAAAUCUCUAAAUCAGUUAAUCAAGAAGAGAAUGAUAUUUCUAAUAAAUCGGUAGAAAAAACUUUAGAAGAGAAUGAAAUCAAUAAAGAAGAGAAAUCAAACAAAUCAGUUGAUAAGAAAUUACAAAAGAAUGAAAUUUCUAAUUCAGUCAAUAAAGAAGAGAAACCUUCAAAUAACAAGUUACAAAAGAAAGAAAGCAUUGAUUCUGAAGAAGUUAACGAAUCUGUUGUUAAUAAAGAAGAAAAAGAUAUUUCUAACAAAUCAGUUGAUUCCAAUUCAGUAAAGAAAGAAGAGAAUUCAACUAAAUCAGUUGAUAAGAAAUUACGAGAGAAUGAAAUCUCUAAUUCAGUCAACAAAGAAGAAAAUGUCAUAACAAAUCAAUCUUCAGACGACAAGUUACAACAGAAAGAAAGUAUUGAUUCUAAAGAAGUUAAUGAGUCUGUUAUUAAUAAAGAAGAAAAAGAUAUUUCAAAUAAAUCAGUUGAUUCCAAUUUAGUAGAAAAAGAAAAGAAUUCAACUAAAUCAGUUGAAAAGAAAUCACAAGAAGAAGAUAUCUCUAAUUCCGUCAACAAAAAAGAGAAUGAUAUUUCUAACAACAAAUUAAAUGAAAAAGUUGUUGAAUCUCAAGAAAUUAACAAAUCAAAUAAUAGAAAUGAAUCAAUUGUUAAUGAAGUAGAAAAAGAUGUUUCAAAGUCAGUUAAAGAAGAAAGUAUCAAUAAACAAAAAGAUUUGUUGUCUAAGAAUGAACAAAAUUCUGUUGAAGAAAACAAACUCAAUGAUGAAUCAAAGUCAUCAAUCAAAGGAUCAAAUCAAUCUAAAUCUGUUGAUGAAAGAAAUGACGAAAUCAACAAAGAACUGAAUGAAUUAAAUGAAAACACAAAGAAAUCAACAAAUGAAGAAGAAAUAUCUAAAUCAGUUGAAGAAUCAAACAACAAACUCAACAAUGAAGAGAAAUCAAUUGAUAAUCACAGAGAAGAAACAAUUGCUAAAUCAAUUGAAGACAAACAAGUUAAAAACAAAUCAGUUGAUGAAAAUCAAAUCAAUUCCAAUAAUAAAUCAAUUGAUGAAAACAAUAUUGUUGGAAUUGUUGUUGUUUCACAUAAAGAUAAAUCAAAAGAAGAAAACAAAUUAACUGAUAUCAAUAACAAAGAAGAAAAAGUUACAAAAGAUAUCAAAGAAAACGAGAAAUCAAUUGUUGAUAAAGAAAAGUCAAUCAAAGAAAAUAAUUCUUCAGUUAAAAAUGUCAAAGAUAAAGAAAAAUUAGAAGAACAAAUUUCUAAAUCUAAAGAAGAAAACAAGUCAAUCAAUAACAAAAAUGAAUCCAUUGAUGAAGAAAACAAAUAUUCAAAUCAAACAGAAUCAGUUCAAAACAUCAAAGAAGAGAAUUCCAAAUCAAAAGAACUCAAAGAAGAUGAAAAAUCAAUUUUAUCAGAUGAACAAAUUUCUAAAUCUAAAGAAGAAAUCUCUAAAUCUUCCAAAGAAAAUACAAAAUCAAUCAGUAAUAAUGAUGAAAAAGAGAAAUUAAUCAACAACUCUAAAUCAAUUGAAGAAGUAAACAACAAACAUAAUGAAAAAUCUUUGAUUGAAGAACAAAAAUCAAACAAAUUUUCAAAUCAAAAACUCAAAGAAGAAGAGAAAUCAACAAAAGAACAUAAAUCAAUUGACGAAGAAAACAAAUCAAUUAACAACUCUAAAGAGAUAAAUUCAUUUAAUGAAGAAAACAAUAAAUCUUCAAAGCAAAUAGAAUCAAUUCAAGAAAUCAAAGAUAAAGAGAAUUCCAAGUCUGUAAAUGUACUAAAAGAAGAAGAAAGAAUCUCUAAAUCUAAAGAUAAUUCAAUCAACAAUUCUAAAGAAGAGAAAUCAAUUGUUGAAGAAGAAAAUAGAAACAAUAAAUCUUCAUAUCAAUCUAAAUCAGUUGACAAUCUCAAAGAAGAAAAUAUCAAAUCUUCAAUUUUAGCAGAAGAACAAAUAUCAAAAUCAUCUAAAGACAAUAAAUCAAUUAAUAACAACAAACAUGAUGAAAAAUCAUUGAAUAAAGAAGAGAAAAUAAUCAACAAUUCUAAAGAAAACAAAGAAAUUGAAGAAGAACGCCGUAGUUCAAACAAGAGAAACAAAUCAUUAGAUGUAGAAAACAAAGAGAAAAUAAACAUUGUCACAGAGGAAGAAAACAGAGAAGAAGAAGUCAAAACAACACAAAGAAGAAGGAGAAGAUCAAAAUCAAUGACAAACAUUCACAUUCCUGUUUCAAAGUCAUUUGAUAUGAAAGAUGACAACAAAAAGAGUCGAAAAGGAAAACGCCACAAACAGCAGCAAACAGUUAUCUGCGAUGACGGUCAAUACGUUCUCAUCUACGGUGAAUCAGGCAGUGUUUCUCCUGUUUCGCCUCCUCCAAAACCACUCAGAUUGAAAAUGCCAAACAAUUUCGAUGUCGACGAAUUUGAAUCAUUCACAGAUGAAUACGGCGAACACAAGAAGCGCAGGAAAAAAAGAUACAACGUCAUCACUGACUCAGAUACACAAGAUGACUUCCCUUCAGCGUAUUUCGCCAAAAAUUACGAUGACGAUUAUUACGACGAUAACGAUUAUUAUGAUUACAACAGUCAAAGUUUGAGUGAUGAUAUUUACAUCGGGGAAAGUUUCUCUAUGUCGACCACUACAGGGUUCAAUGACUUCGUAUUGACACCACACAGACAUAAGAAGACUCACGUGAUGUAUAGACAAGCAAUGACUGCUCCUGGCGGAAAAAGAUUUGAAAAUGAGUUCAAAGAACAGAUCGAUGAAGACUCUCAUGAUAGUAACAAGACACAUAAGUCUAUGAAGAAUAUAUAUCAGGACCAAACAAUCAGUAAUUCUGACUUCAAAAAGAGUGAUAAAGAUGAUUCAAGUCAACAGAAGACAAACAACGCUUAUAAACUUGUUAAUGAUGAACACAUAACAACACCAAUAGAUAAUAUUGAUGUUAAUCAUGAAAUUGAAGCAAAUUCAAUUUUGAUGAAAGAAAAUCAAGCCAAAAACAUAGAAAAUAUUGAGAAAAACAAUAAUUCAAUAAAUGAAAACACACAAAACAAUGAAAAAAUCAAUAAUUCUCAAUAUGAAAAUAAAAUUGACUCAAUUAACAAUGAAGAAGCAUCAAAGAAAGACAAACACUCACACAGAAGACAUAAAUCAUCAAUUCUUUCAAAAGAUCUAAAUAAUGAUGAAGAAAACAACAGAAAUAAUCAUUCAGAAUAUGAAUAUUAUGAUGACAAUGAUGAAUUUGAGUAUUCUGAUUAUUAUGCGUAUUAUUACAUCACAGAUGAUGAAAAUGAUGAUGAUUAUACGAGGUAUCAGAAACUCACGAAGAAAAUGAACCAUCCUAGAAUAGCAAUUCGAAAGGAAAGACCGAAUAUUAAAUUAAUGAGAGAAUCCGGCAUAAAAAUCCUCAAAAACAGAGUCCAUCUCUCAAAAGAAGACAAAGAGAAGUUAAAACAAGAUCCAAAUUAUCUUCCCAAAGUUAAAAUUUUCAAGAAAUUAAAAGCACCUUCAUUACAAGAAGGAAUUCGAAUUGAAAAGACCUCAGAAUAUUUGAAACCACAAGAUUUCAUACCAGAAAUGGCAUUGCAAGCCAAGAAAGAAUACUCUGAUUAUACAGAUUCUCAACCAGAAAACUUAAAUCAAGAAAAUUUGAUACAAGAAAAUAACAACAAUAAGAAAAUGAAUGAAGAUGAUUUAUUCCAGAAAAUACUCAUGAGAAAAGUUAUGUCGAGAAAAUUAUUAAAUACCAAACUGAAAAUGCAGAUUAACGAUGAUAUAGCAGCCAACCAAGCCUUGGAUGAAGAUCUAGAAGACCUUGAUGCUCAUUACAAACUUUUAGAUUUCGAAUACAAGAAGAAAUUGAGAGAAAACAAAAACAUCGACAGUUUUUUGUUUUCUAUCAGAGUUCCAACGAAAGAAAUUGGUAUAAACACUGACUAUGAUAACAAGUCAAUCUCUGAGAAGCAGAACAUCAUUGAAUCCAACAAUUACCAAAUCAUUUCUCUCAGAGAAAAUGGUCCGAGAAUCAUCGCAAGCAAAGAAAUAAUUGAAAACAGGAAUAAAAUGCUUUUGUCGCAGAAAGAAGAGAUAAAAGCACUGGAUCAGAAAAUAGAACACUUGGAAUUCUCUAUACCUCCUAUGAGAGAAAGAGCAAACAUAGUAAGCCCACAGAAAAGAAUGAGAUUAAAUGUAGAAAGUGAAGUAGAAAGAGUCAAAAAACUUGUCAAAGAAAUGGAUUCUCAAAUCGAAAACCUCAUAGAUAUUGACAGAUUAACCAGAGGAAAAGUAGAAGAUUUGAGGUAUUUCAUCGACGAGAAGAACAAACAACUCUCUGAAGCACAAAGAAGAGGAAAACCUGAUGGUCUCAAACUCAUCAAAAAUUUGGAAAUUAUUAAAAAUAACGAACAAAUUUUACAAAAUAAAUUGAAAGGUUUGACGAUAGAAAAUGAGGUCUUGUCACAGAUGAAGACAGGAGAAGAAGAGAGAUCUAAAGAAUCAGCACAGAUAAGAGAAGAAAUCGCUGAAAUGAGCAAAAAUUUGAGAAAAUUGAUGCAGGAAGUCAAAGAAAAGUUUGAACUUGAACAAUUGACUGAAUUAAUUGUUCCUGAAGAGUUGGAAUCAAUACAAAAAGAAAAGAACAAAGUUAAUGACGAAAUAUCAACAACUGAUAGAGAAAUUAAGAAUUUGAAGAGAAAAAUUUCGCAGCUGACGAAAGCUUUUUCGUCUAUGAACUUAACUAUUCCAGAUACACCUUAUUAA